GUUGGAUUGGUUGGAAGUGGUGUCGGUGAAUCUGUCGACCUUUGCUGUCUACACUGUCUUCUGUGUGGUGUGCUGGUGUGUAUUGAUUUUGUGUUUUCUUGAAUCCGCACUGCAGCAGAGGAUAGUUUCGUGUUUCGAGGGAAAUUUACCAGUAAAUCAUGGCUGUCUUCAAAGUUACCAAGUGUCCAACCGACGAUCUAUCCCUAUCAAAUUGUGCUAUAACAAAUGACAAUGAUUUUCCAGGGGUCAAGCAUAUUCAAAUAAACACUGGAGGUGGUCAAACUUUUGUUUUCUCAAUUAAAUCCCAUCCCGGAGUUCCCAGAUCCCAUGUGGGGUUCAGUUUACCUCAAAGAAAAUGGGCUGUAUUGUCUUUGAAUCAAGAAAUUGGGGUCGAGCCUUACACUGCUGAUGAUUAUUUAUCAUCAAUUGUCUUGGAAGUUGAUUACAUGCAGAAAAAGACGGUAUCUCAAGAACCAUUUAACACAGACGAAAUGGCUCAAGAGUUUGUUAUGUCAUUCCCAAAUCAAAUUUUUACUGUUGGUCAACAACUAGCAUUUUCUUUCAAGGAUAAGAAAUUACUGCUUGCUAUUGUUAAGGAAUUGGAAGCUGCUAAUAUGACGGCAAUUAAAGAAGGUACCACUGCCAAAGCAAAAAAAGUGAAGAUGGGUCAGUUGAUGUCCAACACUACUGUCCAGUUUGAGAAAGCAGAGGCCUCAUCUUUAAAUCUUGUAGGAAAAUCAAAAGGAGUUCAAGUAAGACAGUCAAUUAUCAACCCAGAUUGGGAUUUCCAAAAAAUGGGCAUUGGAGGCUUGAGCAAUGAAUUUAACGCCAUCUUCAGAAGAGCUUUCGCUUCCCGCGUUUUCCCUCCUGAUAUUGUCGAGCAGUUGGGAUGCAAACACGUAAAAGGUAUUUUACUCUUUGGACCACCUGGUACUGGUAAAACCCUAAUGGCUAGGCAAAUCGGUCAAAUGUUAAAUGCCAGGGAACCAAAAAUAGUAAAUGGUCCUCAAAUCUUGGACAAGUAUGUGGGCGAGUCAGAAGCCAAUGUGAGACGACUAUUUGCGGAAGCUGAAGAAGAACAAAAGAGGGCUGGAUCAAACAGUGGUUUACACAUUAUAAUCUUUGAUGAAAUCGAUGCAAUAUGUAAACAAAGAGGUUCUGUAGCUGGCAACACUGGGGUCCAUGAUACUGUCGUCAAUCAACUUUUAUCAAAAAUUGACGGCGUGGAACAGUUAAAUAAUAUCUUAGUUAUUGGUAUGACCAACAGAAGAGACAUGAUAGACGAGGCUUUACUACGACCUGGCAGAUUAGAGGUGCAGGUUGAAAUCAGUUUACCAGACGAAGAAGGUCGUGUUCAAAUUUUGAAUAUUCACACUGCCAGGAUGAGGUCUUACAAGAAAAUCAGCAGUGAUGUUGAUUUGAUGAAAUUAGCAAGUCAAACAAAGAAUUUCUCUGGGGCAGAACUGGAAGGUCUUGUACGUGCGGCUCAGUCAACUGCCAUGAAUCGACUGAUCAAGGCCGCCAGUAAAGUUGAAGUUGAUCCGGAAGCAAUGGAGAAAUUGUUGGUUACCAAUGAUGAUUUCAUGCACGCUCUAGAACAUGAUAUAAAACCAGCAUUCGGAACAGCCGAGGAAAUACUGAAUCACUACCUCACUCGUGGUAUUCUCAACUGGGGUCCUCCAGUCACUUCUAUCCUGGAAGAUGGAAAUCUUCUGGCUCAACAAGCUAGAGCUACUGAUGGAUCAGGUCUUGUCUCAGUCUUGAUUGAAGGACCACCAAAUUCUGGAAAAACCGCAUUGGCUGCACAAAUUGCCAAAAAUUCCGAAUUUCCUUUUGUAAAAGUUUGUUCUCCCGAAGAAAUGGUUGGGUUUACUGAGACUGCUAAAUGCUUGAGCAUUCGCAAGAUUUUCGAUGAUGCAUAUCGUUCAACUCUGAGUUGUAUUGUGGUAGACAAUAUUGAACGACUUCUUGACUAUGGUUCCAUUGGCCCGAGGUAUUCUAACUUGACUUUGCAGGCGUUGUUGGUGUUGUUGAAGAAGGAACCACCACCGGGCAAAAAGUUGUUGGUUUUGUGUACUAGCAGCAGAAGGCAAGUAUUGGAAGACAUGGAAAUGUUGUCUGCAUUUACUACCAUUCUACAUGUGCCGAAUUUAUCCAAAACUGAACAUUUAUUGAAAGUUUUGGAAGCUUCGGAGGCUUUCACUAAUUCUGAACUGAAGCAGAUUACCCACCAUGUUCACGGAAAGCGUAUUUUUAUUGGCAUCAAAAAGUUGCUAGCUCUUAUCGACAUGACCAAACAGACCGAGGAACGGCACAAGGUAAUAAAAUUAAUAACGAGACUGGAGGAAGACGGUGCAUUGGAAGACCCCGGAAUGGCCUAAUAGUCUUAGGGAAAAUCCUUGCUUUAGGUAAGGAACACGUACUUAAUAUUAGCAUAGCAAUAUUAUCAUUAUAGUCAAUUAAAAAGUAAGUAAACUAUUGUAUAAAAGAACAACUGUUGGUGGACAUAAUAAUAGUUCUUUGAUUAUUGCUGAUACACAAAAAGAUUCCCUAAUUUUAUACUGGUACGGCAAUUAUUGAAAAGAAAAAGAGUUUACGAACCGUUAAAGCAUUCCAAAUUUAAAUGACUGUUGAAAAAAAAUUUUAGGUUCAUCAAUUCUUUUUAAUGUGGAAAUAAUAUAUACCCAAGUGAAAUGAUUACGCUUUAGAUAUAGCCACAUGUGCAAUUGUUAUUCUUGGAAUCAAUGUUUAAAUUAUUGUACAUUUUGACAGUUUGCUGGUCAAAUAGAAGAAGUUUCCAAAUUUUUUCAAAAUUGUCUCAGUAUGAGUACCAGCUUUUAAAUAUUGAUAUUUUAUUUAUUUUUUAUAAUUACACACUAAAACUUUGAAUAUGCUUUUGAGUACACAUAAUGUGUGUAAUAUAAAACCGCAAUAUGUAGUUCCAAUUAUUGUAUUUAUGAAAACCUUAUCCAGUCUUUAUGAAAAUGUAAAAAUGUGUUUAUGUAAAUUAUUAAUCCUGUAACGUUAUCUAUAUAAUUAGUAUUUAUUGUUAAUUGUCUUGUAUUAGUGUAAAAUUGUUCUGUGAAGGAAAAAUUAGUUUUGUGAUACUUAUUAAAUCAGUGCAAUUUUGAAAUGAAUAUGAAUAAGUAAUGCUUACUUUGGAAAACAAGUAACUAACGAUAACUAGAGCUUUACUGAAAAAGAAUUACCUACUCUUAUAACUCAACUAGUCAAUUUCCAAAUAAGCCAGCCAAAAUUACUUCAACAAUUCAGGGUGUUUGUGAAUUAAUUCUUGAAGCUUCCUAUCCACCACUGAGCCUUUUCUUUUCUUGUACCUGUCUACUUGUUUUGUUUGUUGAUCUUGCGGCGUAUUUCCUCCUUCUCAGGUGUAUCCACAUAAAGGGAACUCAAUCUGGAUUUAGUGGCAGCUUCCAAUUACCGUCUCAGGCAAAUUGUUUUUUUGAAUUGGGAUAUUAUUUUUAACUCAUCAAAUAAGUCUUUUCUUGUACGGUUACAGUUUUAAGAGGUCUUGUAGCUAGAAGUUCUUCCUGGAUUUCUGUGCUCUUCACCAAGAUCAUCAAGUUAUUUUUUCAACUUUUGACGUUCCGUUUUAAGAGUGGAAUUUUCUUCUUGCAAAUCCUCAACAAGCUUAAUAUAUUGAUCGAUAUGCAUAACAACAUUUACAUCGAUGUUGCCAAAUUGGGUAAAACCGUUGGUUGUGAACUAUGGUACGCUGUCCUUUUAAGGUUCAAUUUAAUGUUUUGGUUCUGGUAGCAUAUUUUAACGUGUUGAGCUAUGUUCACUGUGUUUAUGUUACUUGUUCCUGUCACUUGUUUCUGUAUGUUUCCAAACGUUUAUUCAAGUUGCUUAUUGUUUACGGUUACAGCAACAAAAGUUGCUUGUUUCCACAUUUAACAAAGGCAAUAUAGGAAUAUUGGUAAACAUUUUGUGUUUCUCAACUUAAUUUCUAUCAGUGUGGACACGUUGUUGCUCGUUCCCAAAACUUGAAACUUAGCCAUUGUUUGUGUGUAUGUAAAUUGUUGGGAAACAGUGCCAGAAGCACUAGCACAUACCUGAAAGUACGUUAACCAGCAAGUCGAGUUUUGAUUUUUGUCAGAUUGAUUGUCAUUAUAUUUUACUGAAUUUAAUAAAAACCUAAAUAUUGUUGAACUUAAUCCAAACUACAACAAGUUGGCCAGUCGGUAGGAUAAUGAACCUUUUACAAAUGACAGAAGUUCUCACAACUUUCCUAAAGACUCAACAAGAAUUUCUUAUCAAAAGUCAGCAAGUCAGAUUUCCAAAAUUUAACUCAAAAUCAAGCCAAACCAAAUGAAGAGUUUCGGAUGGAGUCCCUGGGUAAUUGUAUCACAGAAUUUCAUUAUGAUCAGGAAACAGGGAGUACUUCUGAUGCAUGGUUCAAAAGAUAUCAAAGCCUUCUACAGAAGUUGCCAAAAAUAUUUCAGACUCCGCAAAAGUUAGAGUUCUCCUAAGAAAAUUAGACUCACAUAUCCAUGAAAGGUAUGUCAAUAUUGUCAAUUUCAUUUUACCUAAGGAAAUCAAAGAUUCAACCUUCAGUGAAACUGUAAAGAAACUACAAUUUUUGACACAAGUUACUAAUGCAUGAAGUUGAAUAAAAAUGAUUCGGAAGAUUUUAUCGCAUUUGCUUCACGUGUUAACAAAAUGUGUAAAGAAUCAAAGAUAAAUCAAAUCACAGCAAACGAAUUGUUUCAAAACAAUAGAAUGCCAUUUGGUGUAAACGUUGCCUCAGCCAUUUUUCAACAAGUUAGGGAUACCAUGUUAUCAGGUCUGAAAGGAGCCACGGCAUAUAUCGAUGUCAUUUUAGUAUCAGGCCAAUCAGAGGAAGAACAUUUUCAAAACUUAAAUCUUGUCCUAAGGCGUAUUGAAGAGUUUGGUUCUCACUUAAAAUUACAAAAAUGUAAAUUUGGAGUCAAAGAAAUUAAGUAUUUGGGAAUAUAUCCCAAAAGUGAAGGUGAGUGAAACCCAGAUCCAGCAAAAACUGAAGCUAUCAGAAAUAUGUCACCGCUCCAUGAUAUCAACACUCUACUUUCCUAUCUUGGCGCAAUAAGCUAAUAUAGUGAAUUUAUCGAAGAAAUACACAUGUUGUGUCAACCACUAAACGGAUUAUUAAAAAAAGGAACCAAAUUUUGAUGGACAACAGAAUGUAAAGGAUCGUUUGAAAAAUUUAAAAAAAUUUUGAAGUCGGAUCUAAGUCUAACCAACUAUAACCCAGUUCACGAAAUCAUUGUACCGGGCGACGCAAGUAUCACUGGAAUAGAAGCCUGUAUUUUACACAGAUUUAAAAAUGGAACUAUCAAACCUAUAUGGCACGCAUCUAGAACUCUUACUGAAACAGUUCCAAAGGGUCAAUGACAACGAAUUCAUAUAGAUUUCGAUGGUCCAAUCAACGAUUAUUAUUAUUUAAAUAUUGUUGAUGCCUAUUUAAAGUGGCCUGAAGUGUUUGAAACUAAACAAUUACGUCAUGCAUUACAAUAUCAAAAUUAGAAGAAGUAUAUUCAAGAUUUGGGAUUGUUGAAACAGUUGUACCAGACAAUGACGGUCAGUUCACUUGCAACGAUUUUAAACAAUUUUGUCAGAAGAAUGGUAUGGAACAUAUUCGCACAGCAGCAUAUUGGCCACAGUCAAAUAGUCAGGCAGAAAAGUUUGUUGACAUCUUUAAAAGAGCACGUCAUAGGCAAUUACAAGAUAUAAACAUAUAUUUAAGAAUGUACAGGUCUACUCUAAAUCCAAAUUCUCCAGAUGGAAAAUCUCCAGCUGAACAUAUGCUAGGAAGAAGAAUGAGAAUUCCACUUGAUUUGUUACUUCCUCCGAAAAAUAUCCAGAUUAAUGAAAUUUAAAACAAAUUUGAAGAAGAAGAUUUGAUUUAUGCUAAAAUUUACAAAAAUAACAAGUUCCGCUGGAUUCCUAGAAAAAUCAUAGAACCAAUUGGCAAUGUCAUUUACAACAUACUAGUGUUUUAUCCAAAUAAUCACAAUAUAUUAAGAUGUCAUACUAAUUAAAUUAAAAGUACCAAAUCAAAGUUUUCCGAUCCUAUUACAUUUUUUGAUAGAAGAGUUUUAAUUUUCAAGACAACGUAGAACAAAGCUCAGAUUAGUGUUUAGAUUAAGAAGUUAUUAUUGAAAAUAUACCAGAUAAUAACAAUUCAAUAGAAUCCACAACAGAUAAUACAGAUACUGAAGAAAUGAUCGACUCUCAAGAACAUAGUGCAAAUACUGUUAGUUCUAAUGAAGCUGAUCUGAAGGAAUAUAAUUAAGAUAGUCAAGUUAGAAGAACCGGAAGGGUAAGACGAAGAUAUUCAUAUUUAGAGGAUAUUGUUUAAUAAAAAAAGGGAGAAAUGUUAGGAAACAGUACCAGGACAUACCUAAAAGUACGUUAACCAGCAAGUCUAAUUUUGAUUUUUGUCAAAUUGAUUGUCAUUGUAUUUUACUGCUGAAUUUAAUAAAUAUCUUUUCAAAAACAAAUAUUGUUGUAGUUAACCCGAAAUACAACAUAAAUCUUCGUCGCUUCACAUUGUUCCGAAACUAGGAACACACACUGCUGGUCUAGACACAGUGUUUAGUGUUGUAGCAACACAACGAAACAUUCACAAAAAUGAAUAACCAUGGUGUGGACAGAAUGUUUACGAAACUUUUGCUGUUGUUUCUGUUUCCAUAAACAGGUUGCGGCAACAAAAUGUUUGGUAUCGACUAAGCUUUUUGGGUCAUUAAAGCUCAUUGAAGCUCCAAAAACAUUAGCAAUCAUGACAGUUUCCGCCGUGCGUCAGCUUAUUUAUUGCCGAAAGCUCAUAAGUAUUUGCCCCUUCCUUGAAACCCGUUGCUGAGCCCCGUUCGCUUCCUGCCAAAUCAGUCAUGCUCAAUUUUGCUCUUGUUAUUUCUCUAGUAUAUUUGAAUAUCAUUUGUAUGUAAACCUGUAGCAAGGCAUGUCACCGGCUGGGUGCGCCGCUUGUUGCCAAUUUCCAGUACUUCAAAUAACUCCUCAAAAUUUAUGAUUUUGUCCCACGCAUUGUGGACCUCUAUCUAUGUGAGCAUCAGUUCGAAUUUCCGUUCUACAUUCAACUCUUCUUUACGAUGGAAUAAUUCUUCCAUUGUCAAGUGAGUAAUACCGAAUCGAACAAUCUAUCCAAAUCAGGUUUUUACUUGUUAGAAUGUGAAACAAGUCCGAAAGUAUUAUAUUGGACGAACAGGAGGACAUCAAUCUAGUUUCCUUGAAAAUAAUUACGUUUCACUUUAUGCAUUACAUUCAAAUUCAGAAAAAAACAUGACUUUGCCAUAGACUUUCGAAAUUUUAUUCCAAGAAAAUAAAUCAAAAAAUUAAAUUAUCUUGAGAGUAUGGAAAUUAAUAAAAGGAAAAGGUCUGGUGUAUACAUAUAUGUUUUUUUUUUUUAAAUAUUUUUACUUCUACAUUCCAAUUUUUUUCAAGUACUUCUUGAUUAUUUUGUUACUUACUUGGGAUAGUACCUGUGCUGAAAUAUAUUGUGAAGUAAAAACGCUGCCGCCCUGUAGCUAAAUGUUGACUCAUCAAAUUUAAAGUAAAAUUUGUUUCAAAAUAUGCACUGAAGUGAUGUUAGUUAUUUGAUAAGCUUCUCAACAUCGAAACACCUUUUAUAAAUUUGAGUUAAAUUAUAUAUUUAAAAGAAGCUGAUCAUAUUUUAAUUUGCUGUGAUGACUUAUUUUUCCUACUUUAUUUUAAAUUUUGUAUUUAUAUUUAUGUUAAACAAUUCAGUAUAGCUUUGCUGUUUUAGAACAUGAGGCACAGUGUAUUAAAAAAUUGUAUAAAAUACAACAUUGUCAUUAAUACAAUUAAAUUAUUGUCCUACAAAAAAAAAUUAGCUACCUGUAUGUAUUGCAUAAAUAUUGCUAAAUAUAGGUAUUAUUACUUUAUAUUACCUAUGUGGUGACUUUUCAAACGCAUAGUAACUUGUUUUUAUGCUAAAUGACAGCACAACGGCUUCUUGCCCUCCUUAAUUGGAGUGAAAAAGUAAUAAUGGAGCAUGUGUUGAAAAGAGGCAUAAAUAAAAUAUUUGUUUUUAAUUUCAGAUGAAAUUGAAAUGCAUUUAGAAUGUAAGUUCUAUGUACUAGUACAUUUCGCCACAUUCAGGUCUUACCUACUUAAUUAUUAAGUACAUAUUUGUUGAAAACUGUUGAAAUUUGAGCUGUACAGGAUUAAAUUAUAUUAUGAUAGAAC